AUGUUAUCGUGGUUUCUACGGCUGCGACUUUUGCUCUCGCGCCUUGUGUUGCCCCUCCUGCUGUCGCUCGUGCUGUCGUUGCUAGUUCUGGAGGCCCGAGGAUGCCUCGACGAGGAGACCAAGCUGGUCAAGCUGAAGAAGCUAAUAAACAAAAAGAUCAAGCUAGACAUAAAUGAGAAGUACCGAAGCGAGAAGGAAUGUACCAACGAAUAUAUUUCUUUCUUGUAUAUUCAUGAGCUCACCGCUAGUGACUAUGUAGAGUACGUGUUAAACAAAUCAGAAGACUACGACUGCGUGUUGUUUGUGAUCGAUGUGGAGAGUACCAAUGGGGCGUCCAUGUUCGACAGGAAGAACCUCAUUCUGUUGGAGCUGUUCAACCGCGUAGCCAGGGAAUUCAUUUUGGGAAAUUUUUCUCUUUACAGCGAGGGGGAGAGCAUCACGGAGGAGAGGACCACCCGGAUCGGUGCAAGUGGGUCGGAUGAGAGGACCACCCCGAUUGGUGCAAGGGGAUCGGAGGAGAGGACCACCCCGAUUGGUGCAAGUGGGUCGGAGGAGAGGACCACCCCGAUUGGAGCAAGUGGAUCGGAGGAGAGGACCACUCCGAUCGGUGCAUUCGGGUCGGAGGAGAGGACCACCCCGAUUGGUGCAUUCGGGUCGGAGAAGCGGGCCACCCCGAUUGGUGCAUUCGGGUCGGAGAAGCGGGCCACCCCUCCCUCAACGCCCAUUUUUUUCUUUUAUAUAAAUAUUCACAAGCCGAGCAUCCUCCCCCUCAAGUACAUCCACGCAAUCGACGAAGUGCCCGAAUUUUUUUACGUCGGCAAGGAGACCUUUCUCCACUUUGACUCCUACUCCAAGGUGCGUCCCAAGUACAUGUUCGAGGAGUACUUAAAGGUGAAGCGGUUAAGCGAAAGAGACAAAGGAGAGAUGAGCAACAAACUGGUGGAAGCGUAUUUCUCAGAUUUUAUUCAGGCACAUAACAGGGGUGGGAGUGGCGGUGAUAGCAGUUGGAGUGGUGGCGGCGAUAGCAGUUGGAGUGGUGGUGACGAUAGCAGUUGGAGUGGUGGUGGCGGUGACGAGGGGGUGGGAGCAGCUGUGGAAGGCAGUAACUACUUGGGGAAAAUACAAAAACAUAUCGUCACCACCGUGCUCGUUGUGUUGUUCUCCCUUCUGUACAUCCUUCUGAAGAUGCUCCAAAGAUGGCCCUCUCUCAUGUUCGUCUGCUCAUACGUGUUGUUCUUGACCUGCCUGAGUGGUAUCUUCCACUGUCUGAUUAACAAAUCUGAGCUUUACAACACAGCGAAGAAUCUGGACUCGGUGCUACACAAGUAUAUUUACCGUUCCACCAGUGCUCAGUAUGUAUACGAAGGGGUGGCCUUUUCGUUGUUUAUUUUUUUGAUCACCUUUGCAUUAUUCCUAUUGUGUAGAUACUCCACUUAUACGUUUAUGCCACGGGGGCCGAGGAACCUGUGGCUCAUGCUGUUGCUCCUCCUCGCAUAUGCCUCUCUCGACGUCAUCCACGAGAUUAACCUGUACAAGAUGUACUACUCCACUUACUUCUUCUUUCCGCCGACCAAGUUUUUUCAUAA